GAAUAGAUAAUAAGGCGCUGCCGAGGUAAUUAGAGCACGUUGGGUUUUUUUUGUGUGUUGGGAGGAGGGAAGUCUUUCCUGUAAAAAGAACCGUAGCCAAACUCUGGGAAGCAUUGCCUGCAGUAUGUUGACGGAAAAGCAGGCGAGAAGCACACAGUCUUCCUCACUCUGCAGAACAUAGUGAGAAAGAAACUCUGCUGCACCGCACAGGACUUCUGAAUGGAUGCGUGACACCAGCCAUCCCUUAUGCAAAAAAUUAGCAAACUCCAAAACUUUCAGACACCAAGACGAUGGCAAGUCUCGCUGGCUUGAUUCGAAUCGGGAGCCACCUUCUCGUCUGUUUACUGUUCCUUUUGAGCAAUUCCCGAGUGUUGGCCCGGCGGAUCUGCUGGCAAGCCAUCGUGCAGUGCCAGGUCGAGCCCGAUUGCAACUUUGCGUACGAGCAGUAUAUGGAGGCUUGCAAAUCCGUCUUAAGCCUGAAGACCAGACGGUGUCCCAGCCACUGCCUCUCGGCUCUUAUCCACCUCAACCACACGCAGAACGGGCCCAUGCUGGAGAACUGCGAUUGCGUCCAGGACGAGCUGUGCAAAAGGACCAAACGUGCCAUUGAGCCCUGUUUGCCGAGGACCCGCAACUGGGACGGGGUGAUGGGCUGCACCGAAGCCCGCCUGCAGUGCGAGACCGAACCCCAGUGCAACAACGCCAUGCGCCGCUACCUCCAGAACUGCGGCAAACUUUUCAACGGCAUCAAAUGCACGGAUCAGUGCCGGGAGGUGAUCGAGAGCAUGCUGGUCAUCCCUAAAGCCUUGCUCCUUAAGGAAUGUGUCUGCGACGGAGCCGAUCGACCCAUCUGCGAGGCGAUCAAGGACAACAUGGCCAGACUCUGCUUUUUUGGACCUGAGCAUAGCUCUGGCAGCAGCGGCUCGGACGUGGAGCUGGAUGAGUACUGGGACUAUGAAGAAGACCCAGGAGACAACGCUAUCAGUUAUGAUGAUGAGAAUAGAGACACAUACAGGUACGCUCCAAGCGCCAGAGCCUCCUCCAGCGUCCCACUGCCUAAUGUUUUGACUUUGAUGGCAUCCAUUUUACUACUACUACUAGUCGCCCGGUUAUAAAUGAACAAUACAACUUUUAUCCUUCUUCAAAAAGGAAGCUCUGCACUGCCAUCUUCAAUAUAAAAAAGACAAUUUAAUAGACCUUUAUAUAAAUUUAAUUCUGGUAAGAUUUGUUUGUAUUUUCAGUUGUAUUAGAGGUGUGGAAUUAAUCUCUGGUGCAACUAGUAUAAAUCUUAUAUGACUGGUGUUUUUUUAACCAGUCGUGUGUGUAUAAAGUUACAAAUGUAUACAUUUGGGGAAUAAUUUAUUGAAAUAUAGACUUAACCACGGCUCUGGUUUAGCAUCGAGCUGUGAAAUAAUGCAGUGAUACUUUUACCAGCGAAGGUACAGGAUUUCAAUACUUAUUCUAAAGGGAAAUUGAAUUAUGAUGAAUUCUCGGCAAUCCCAAUUGAACAAUUUAAGAUGCAACAUAUAGAUUUGAAAAAGGUUAUCUUUAAAUAUGUAUUUUUGGAAAUGGAGAGAUAUAAAAAAAAUUGGCCUUGAUAGAAAUUGUUCUUUUAAAAUAACUUUGUGAGGCUGCCGUUAACAUUGUAUUUUCAUAGAAGCCAUAAAGAGUCAUCUAGUUUAAAAAAAAAACUUCGCAAGACUGUGCGUGUCUGUUCAGAGUUGAGUGAAAGUGAAAAUGCUGGCGGUUCGUUGGGUAUAUUACUAAGCUGUUUCGCGAUGUUUGAUAAUGUGUCCGUGAGCGCGUAAAGUACUAAGUUCCCCAAACUUCCAGCGCCAACACAUUUGCUGUUUUCACAGCUGACAGCUGGGUCGAGCUUUGACUUUCGAUUAAUUGGGUUUCCGCUGGCCUUUCGUAUUUUUGAACCAAUGACUCCGGAGAGCUCUAAAUUACUAAUCAUAGGCGAAGUCAUUUUUACUUUUAAUAUACUGGUGCAAGGGGAGGCACAUCACAGCUGUUGGUGGCUGACCAAGCAGCACUGACUGACACGCUCAUUGUACACUGAAUAUACAAAAGGGUUUGGAAAAAUCAUACUUGUGUCUCGAUAUUAUGUUUCGGCUAGGAACUAGUUGCUCUGAAAAGUAGCGUUCCUUUACACUUUUCCAGAUGAGCUGCUCAGUGUCAGGAUUCCUUUAGUGUAAUGCCUGUAAUAACUGUGUGGGAGAAUUGUUAGAAGUUACAUUUUACCAUAAAUUUGUGCUAAGGAUUGCAGUUGUUCGGUCUGAAUACAUUCUAGAAGUCUGUACUUUUAUUCUAGUUCUAGGAUGCAAAAUCGCUACAAGAAGGAAUGACUCAGUGAAUCAAUGCAUAUAUAUACAUAUCCAUCUUCUAGUUUGAGUCGCUUUCUGAGGGCAUUCAGCAUGGGCUCCCUUGCCAGGGCUCCUGAUCCUCACUCAAACGCCCUUAGAUAAAUAAUUACACUCUUAAGCACCCGUCGAGUGCUGGUAUACUUGACCUUGUAAAUAGAAGUGUUUGCAGUAGGAAUAAACUCCGUCGUUUGAAAUCUUUAAACAUUUAACACAAAGCAGGCUCAGUCCUCUGGAGGAUUACCCAUGCCUUCUCAAGUAAGUCGCGCCACAUCAGGCUCGCAGGACAAGUUUAUUUAUCUUUUCUCUUGCUGUUUAUUUUAUUCUUCAAUGUUGCGGUUGGAAGCCCAGUCAAAAGUUUAACUGUGCCCACAAAUAAACUUACUUUGGUUGACGAAUUUGUUUAACGACCGCAACCCUAUUAUGCGGAUUUUACGUAGAGAGAAACCUUUAUGCUUACAUUUGUAACCGCUGUAAGUAACUGUUUGCACACCUAUUCACUUGUUCUUUAAAGUGGGUACAGUCUUCCCGGAAGCAGCUUUCCUCAGUUCUCCUAUAGACCAAAGUUAAUUUAUUUUUAAUCUUUUGCAAUUACACGCUCGUUUUCACGUUCAAAGCACGUUUACAUUGAUAACGUUUAUUCGCGUCUAACCGGAUUGAUUGUAAUUAUUUUGACAGCCUUUCCAUUUUGUAAAUCUAAAUACAGGCAAAGAUAGGGUUAUAACUUAGAACCGUAGACUAAUGUUGUUAACUACCUGUGGCUUUGACAAACGUAUUGGUCUUGUAAAUAUAUUAUGUUUUAAAAGAUGACCUGUUGACCCGAAGUGAAAUCGUUGUUUGCUAACUAGACAAGUUUCUAUGUGCAUAGUUUGAAUAUUGGCUGUUUACAGUUAGUUUAAGUAGAUUUAACAUUCCCUAUUUCCAUUGUAAAAAAAAACAUUUUGUUGUACGAGACACACCGAGAUUUCCCCAGCAAAGAGUGAAAACAUUAGCACUGCAAAGCCUGAGGUCCAGCAACUGGAGUGAUAAUUAACCGACAGGAUAAAUGGGGACUGGUUUACAAGCGGCUGUCAAUAGCAUCUGCCUAAAAUAAAUCACCAGCCAAACAGCAUGGCAAACGGAGUUGCUGCUGUAUGACACUGCUUCACCCUGAGAGUGGCAACAGUCAGAGCAAGCGUGAAACUGGGACAGACAAGUACAGUGGAGGAACCAUUAUCUUCAUAUCAGAGGAGGACAGUCUUUAUUUAAAACCGCAGUAUAUAAUAAAAUAUGCCACGUUUCACUUGACCGCAA